AUCAAGGAAGGCACCGCCGACUACUGCUGUUUUCCAGCGAGAUGAAUGGUGCAGUGGCCAUGGAGGCGACAAGGAGGCGUACCAAGUCUGGUACCAAUGGUAAAUUGUCUGAAGACGGGGAGGAGCCAGCUCAGUGGGGCAGAGCAUGGGAGGUAGACUGGUUUUCUCUGAUAAGUGUCAUCGGGCUGCUUUGCUGCGCUCCAUUCAUCGUGUUCUACUUUGUGAUGGCCUGUGACCAGUACCAGUGCUCUGUCAGCAAGCCUCUCAUCAAGCUGCUCCAGGGUGAGACCACUCUGUUGGCCAUCUGGGCCCUGACACCAUCUUUCACUUGGACUGCUGCCAAAAUAUAUGCCAUCUGGGUGGCCUUCCAGGUCUUCCUGUACAUGUAUAUUCCUGAUAUCAUCCAUAAAUUCAUUCCUGGCUAUGCGGGUGGUGUUCAGGAUGGAGCACGUACUCCUGCUGGCCUGAUCAACAAAUAUGAGAUCAACGGGCUGCAGUGCUGGGUGAUCACUCAUGUCCUGUGGUUGGCCAAUACCCACUAUUUCCACUGGUUCUCCCCUACCAUCAUCUUUGACAACUGGAUCCCCCUGAUGUGGUGUGCCAAUAUACUUGGCUACGCUGUCUCCACCUUUGCCUUCAUAAAGGCCUAUCUCUUCCCUACUAAUGCUGAAGACUGCAAGUUCACAGGCAAUUUGUUCUACAACUACAUGAUGGGCAUUGAGUUCAACCCGCGUGUCGGGAAGUGGUUUGACUUCAAGCUGUUCUUCAACGGCCGGCCUGGCAUCGUGGCUUGGACCCUCAUCAACCUGUCAUACAUGGCCAAACAGCAGGAGUUGUACGGCCACGUCACCAACUCCAUGAUACUAGUCAACUUGCUGCAGGCCAUCUAUGUGUUGGAUUUUUUCUGGAAUGAGGCAUGGUAUUUAAAGACCAUUGAUAUCUGUCAUGAUCACUUUGGAUGGUACUUGGGUUGGGGAGACUGUGUCUGGCUGCCCUACCUCUACACACUCCAGGGUCUGUAUCUGGUUUACCACCCAGUGCAGCUCUCCACCCCACAUGCCCUGGCUGUUCUUUCCCUGGGCCUGGUUGGCUAUUACAUCUUUCGCUCCACCAAUCAUCAGAAGGACCUAUUUCGAUGCACCGAGGGCAACUGCACCAUCUGGGGACACAAGCCAACCUUCAUUGAGUGCUCAUAUCACUCCGCAGACGGUGGGGUCCACCGCAGCAAGCUGCUCACCUCAGGCUUUUGGGGUGUGGCGCGCCACUUCAAUUAUACCGGCGACCUGAUGGGCUCACUGGCAUACUGCGUAGCCUGCGGCUUUGGCCACCUGCUGCCAUACUUUUACAUUGUCUACAUGACCAUCCUGCUGGUCCACCGCUGUGUGCGUGAUGAACACCGCUGCAGCAGCAAAUACGGCAAAGACUGGAGGCGCUACACUGAUGUCGUGCCUUAUCGUCUCAUCCCCGGAAUGUUCUGAAGAACUGAAAGAGUGAUGAGAGAAAUAGAGGGAGGGAGUGAAGGUCAGCAAUAAGUAGAUGAAAGGGGGAAAAGAUGGCACAAUUGACAUGGGUUGUGGGUAGGCAAAGAGUUAUACAUAGUAUGUUUGUGUGUGUUGGAGGAGGAGGAUUCUUCAUAUGGAUCAUGAGUACACUGCGUUGAUACACUUUUAAUACUACACAUGAUAUACACUGUGUAUGCAUUUCUUGGCAUGUAUGCAUAUACUAUAUAUACAUGUAUACAUGUGUGUUCAAUACUGGCUUAUCUUAUAAUGCCAGAGGACAUUUCCAUGUUUUGCUGCCUUAUAUUGAAGGCUGCUUGGUGAACCACUCCGCUGCUUUGGGUCUUGUCUGCUAUAACUGCAUUAAGAAAAGUACAUUCCUAGUGAAACUCGCAUAGAUGAGACGGUAGAAGUAACUGGUUUGAGUGAACACAGUCUGACAAGCCUUUACCAGGGUAGGAAAAACGAAAAAACCUUUAAAAAAGAGACAGGUCUGCAUGCUGAGUUGCUGGCCCAAGGGACCAAACUUGGGGAUUUUUGUAAUUGGUGUAGAAUAAUAGGCAAAUAUUCUCAGACCCAUUUUUACUGUAUAUCUGAUAGUUCACAACUAUAUUGGUUAAAAUAUUGAGUUUGGGAUAGUUAAAGCUUGGUUUUAUUGGUGUGCAUUGGUCAGAAUGUGGCUAUGAGCUGCAGAGGUAAUGUUAUUUGUACAUGUAAAGUAGACUGUUGGUAAUAACAGUAGGAAUUUAGAAACAUGCUACUGUUGUUUCUGUUUGACUGAAUGCACAAGUAGCAUUUUUUAAGGCCAUUUCGCUCUUUGGGCUUUUCUAGGAAAUCAAUUUUGUAACUUCACAAAUGCACAACUCAUCAAACAGUCUCUUAGUUUGUGUUAAAUUUCUUCUUGACUUAGGAGUGUGGGCAUGUUCUGUUGACAGUCUUGUGUCCUGAAGUGUUUUUGUCCUGAUUUUGCCAUAUCCAGUCAUGUGUUUGCUGUUCUCAUUCCCUCACACUGCCUGGCAUCUUGUGAUGAAAUAAGAAAAUAAACCUUUUUAGA